AUGGACUCGGGUCUCCGGCUCUUCCUCUUCUCCGGCUCUUCUUUCCCUUUCCCUGGCGCCGCGGCUGCUGGUUUGAAGGCGAUCAGGGUGAAGGCAGAAUGUAUUCAUUGCAAGCACCAACUUGGAGUGUGCAAAACUGGUGCCACAACACUCUUGCUUAGACAUUUAAAUAGUUGCCUAAGAAGGAAGGUGAACUUGAAAGGGCAACAACAACUCAACAUCACACCAACCAUAGCUGAGACAAAAAGUGUGACUUCUGUGCAAAAAUUUAAAUAUGACCAUGCAAAAGUAAGAGAAGUCAUUGCUCAUAUGAUUCUUGUUCAUGAGUUGUCAUUCCGCUUUGUAGAGUAUGAGAUCUUCAAUUUGUUAAUGAGAACUGCAACUCCGUAUUAUCAGAAGGUUAGUCGUGCAACUGCAAGAAAAGAUUAUUUUUCUGCGUAUGAAAUUGAGAAGAUGAAAGUGAAAGUAUUACUGAAGGACACUGAUAAGGUUAGUGUGACCAUAGAUUUAUGGAAGUCUAAGCAGCAAAUUUCAUACAUGGUUGUUACUGCCCAUUUUGUGAACUCUGAAUGGAAGUUACAAAAAUGUACUUUGAAUUUUUGUGAUAUCCCAUCACCUCAUACAGGUGUUGUUAUAUGUGAUGUGCUACAAAAAUGCUUAGUUAAAUGGGGCAUCGAAGAUAAGGUAUGGACUAUUAGUGUUGAUAAUGCCAGUUAUAAUGAUGUAGCUAUUAGGAUGUUGAAGGAUAAUCUUGUUUACAACAAUAGUCUUGCACUUUAUGGUAAAUUAUUUCAUGUGAGAUGUUGUGCACAUAUUUUGAAUUUAUUGGUACAAGAUGGUUUGUCUGAGAUUGUAGAUAUAAUUAAAAAUGUGCGUGAAAGUGUAAAAUAUCUUGUUGCUUCUGAGUCUUGCCGUUUAAUUUUUAGUGAAAUUGCAAAGCAAUUGAAAUUACCUUCCAAGAAACUUCUUUUAGAUUGUGGCACAAGGUGGAAUGCAACUUAUUUCAUGCUAUCAGCUGCUUUGGAGUUUUAA